AUGAGGACAGAUCCCAGCCGAAGGAACCAGAAGAAAUUCUGCAGGUUCCACGGCGAUGUCGGCCACCACACCAACGAUUGUGCUGACCUCAAGGAUGAAAUCGAUAGAGUAAUUCACGAGGGGAGGCUACAUGAAUUCAAAGCUGAGCGAAGACCUCGAAAUGAUGGCCACGGUAGGCAGAAUGACGGUCGACGUCGAGAGGAGAACCAACGUCCCGAGGACCGAGAACCUGUCAGCGUCAUACAGACUGUCCUCGGUGGCCCCUAUAUAGGAGGAGACUCAAGGAGAUCCCAGAAGGAUUACGCCCACGAGGCCAGAGGGGUUUACCAGGAAAGAUUCCGAAGUGUCUCCGCUGUAAAAACCCCACAAUAUAAUAGUGCCGAUGUGGCAUUUAAUGAGGACGACACCAGCGGAGUUCACUUUCUCCACAACGACGCAUUGGUAGUGGAAGCCAUGAUUGGAAAUCACACUGUAUGCCGAAUCCUGGUAGACAAUGGGAGCUCGGUGGACCUCCUUUACUCCGACUGCUUGGAAAAGAUGGGGAUCCGAAAGGAGCAGUUGGAGAAGACCACUAGGCCAUUAUACGGUUUCACCGGGGACUCCGUCAUCCCUCAGGGGACUAUCCGGUUGCCUAUAAUCGUCAGAGAAAAACCCCGACAGACCACGAUAAUGGCCAACUUUGUGGCACUGAGGGCAAUAACCUUCGUCUACCACCAGAAGGUUAAGUUCCCUACCCCAAACGAUGUAGGCGAGAUGAAGAGCAACCAGUACGAAGCUAGGGUUGUAUACUCCGAUGCCCUCCGUGGAUACGACCAGCCAAGGCGACAGGAGGCCAGAAUGGUCUAUCAAAACACUGUUGAAGACAUAGAUCCCAGGGUUCAAGAGGAGGUCGCCUAG